AUGCCAGUGGAAGCACGCAAAGAGAAGCUGGGAGUACAAUGCGAAGCGCAAUGCGCCAGUCUCAGCUCGCACCUUGAGCGUCGUGUUAAUCGUAUCUCGCCUACCAAACGCCAGACCGUAGUAAAGGACAUUCUAAACAUCCCUAUUCCCUCCUGGAGACCUGUGGCACGACGUUGA